UCCCGCGCACCGCCCCUCCCACCUCUCGCCCCGCCCCUCAGCGCGCGCGGCCGCGGCGCCAGCCGCCAAGAUGGCGUCGGCCCUGGAGCAGUUCGUCAACAGCGUCCGGCAGCUCUCGGCCCAAGGGCAAAUGACCCAGCUUUGUGAGCUGAUCAAUAAAAGUGGAGAACUCCUAGCAAAAAAUCUUUCCCAUCUGGAUACAGUGCUCGGAGCCCUGGAUGUGCAGGAACACUCCUUAGGUGUUCUUGCUGUCUUGUUUGUGAAGUUUUCCAUGCCCAGCAUCCCUGACUUCGAAACGUUAUUCUCACAGGUGCAGCUCUUUAUCAGCACUUGUAAUGGGGAACACAUUAGAUAUGCAACAGACACUUUUGCUGGCCUGUGCCACCAGUUAACAAAUGCCCUUGUGGAGAGAAAACAGUGUCAACAUAAGAUCCAAUGUGCUGCCAUCUAUGAGAAAUUAUCUGAAAGAGAUGUAAUUUCUGACAGCCCCUGCGAGGAAUUAGCAUUCUCAGACAAGCCAUAGACAAGAUGCAGAUGAACACAAACCAGCUGACCUCAAUACACGCAGAUCUCUGCCAGCUCUGUUUGUUAGCAAAAUGCUUUAAACCUGCCCUCCCCUAUCUAGACGUGGACAUGAUGGAUAUUUGUAAAGAGAAUGGGGCAUAUGAUGCAAAGCACUUUUUAUGUUACUACUACUAUGGUGGGAUGAUAUACACUGGGCUAAAGAACUUUGAAAGAGCACUCUACUUUUAUGAACAGGCAAUAACUACUCCAGCCAUGGCAGUCAGUCACAUUAUGUUGGAAUCCUAUAAAAAAUAUAUUCUAGUUUCUUUGAUACUACUUGGCAAAGUCCAGCAGCUACCAAAAUACACUUCCCAGAUAGUUGGUAGAUUCAUUAAGCCCCUUAGCAAUGCCUACCAUGAAUUAGCACAAGUUUAUUCAACCAAUAAACCUUCAGAGCUUCGAAAUCUGGUGAACAAACACAGUGAAACAUUCACAAGGGAUAACAACAUGGGGCUGGUGAAGCAGUGCUUGUCAUCUCUCUACAAAAAGAAUAUUCAGAGGCUAACCAAGACAUUUUUAACAUUGUCAUUACAAGACAUGGCGAGUCGAGUGCAGUUAUCUGGGCCCCAAGAAGCAGAAAAAUAUGUCCUUCACAUGAUAGAAGAUGGUGAGAUCUUUGCAAGUAUUAAUCAGAAAGAUGGUAUGGUCUGUUUCCAUGAUAAUCCUGAAAAAUACAACAAUCCAGCUAUGCUUCAUAACAUUGAUCAGGAGAUGCUGAAAUGUAUAGAGCUUGAUGAACGACUGAAAGCCAUGGAUCAGGAGAUCACUGUGAACCCUCAGUUUGUGCAGAAGAGUAUGGGCUCUCAAGAAGAUGACUCAGGGACCAAACCAUCCAGUUAUUCCUGAAAUUUAUGUUGUUCACCACUCCGCUUUCAAGUAAAAGCUUACGAAAGAGUCACGCCUGGAACAGGGCAUUGAGGAGUUCCACGAAGAGAGCAGAGAGAACUGAGCUUUGCUUUUCACCUGGACAUUAAGAAAAUAAAAGAACACCCUCUCAGUACUGUAUAAUAUCAGAAAUAUUCUCUGCAAAGAAAAAGGAAAUCUCAAAAGAAACUUAAGUCUGUUGUGGAUUUAUUUAUCUUCAGAUUAACAUCGUUAAGGCAUUAAAUAAUCUACCUUUUGUUCUGAAGGGUUUGAAUGUUGCUGUGUUUCUGUAGCAGUCCUUUUUUCUUUUCUGCAAAAACAAAAGUGUUAUUCAGGGAAGAGUACAAACGAGAGUUGGUUCACUCAAAGGAUAAUUACUGGUUCAUUAUUGUGUGUUUAAAGUUGGCUCACAGUGCAGAUUUAUCAUAUGUGUGGUGCAAGGAGAGGGGUGGAGUGUCAGUAAAUUCUGAUUUGCAUAUGCCCAUUAACUAAUGAAAUGAGAACUCUGCCCUUCCCAGAAGGAUGAGCAGCUCUGCUGAAAAGCAGAAAUCACUGUAGGGAAUCCAUAUGUGACAGCUAUUUAUUAUUUUAAGUUUCUGGUACAAAAUAUUGCCUAGUAACAUUUGCUAUUAGAUCAAAAGUUGAGUAGACCUAAAUAAAAGGUUAUUUGGAAGAUCAUAGUAUUCUGGAGAGUCCUAGAUAGGAGGUUGUUUACACUGAAAGAAAUGUUAAUAUUUGUCCUUCUAUAACUGGCAUGAAGUGUUCAACAGGCUAAUACUCUUCUGUGGUGGAAAUCAGUUUAAGUGAAGGCCAUGCUAUAGAAUUUGGUUUCUGAAGCAAAUAAUUCAACAUGAAACAUAAGUAGAAUUCUGUACAGCUAUCAAAAUGCAGGACUUUAUUUGGAGACAAUGUGCUGGAAUGCUGCCUGGGUUUUAAUUCACUAUUUUAAACAUAAAAA